UAUCAGUUUCCACGACCACGUUUGAUUUCUCAGUCAUUUAAUAUCGCCGACUUACCUCCGAAAGUUAUUAAAAUUACCAAGACGAUCGCUGUUCGCGUUCCAGUACCAUAUCCAGUAAAGGUCCCGUAUCAUGUUCCGGUGCCAGUGCCAGUAAAUCAUCCGAUACCGGUCCCCGUUCCCCAGAUAGUUAAAGUGCCUGAGCAUAUACCCUACGAGGUAUCCAAGCAUGUACCAGUGGAACUUAAACAGCAGGUGCCAUUUUUUAUAUCCAAGCCCGUGCCGAUUCCUCACCCGGUUCCCAUACCGCAUCCCGUCAGAAUAGAUCGACCUAUUCCGUAUCCAGUUCCCUACAAUGGACCCCAUCAUCAGCAAGAAAACAAUCAGCACUAUCAAGUUCACGAAAAUCAUCAAACAGAAGAAAGUCAAACUAAUUUCUCUGAUUCAAACGAACUGAAUCAUUAG